AUGUCAGGCUCCUCGCAGGUUGUUACAUGCAAAGCUGCCAUAUGCUGGGGGUUAGGAGGACCUGUUACGGUGGAAGAGAUAGAAGUUGAUCCACCAAAGGCAACUGAAGUUCGAGUUAAGAUGCUCACUGCCAGUAUAUGCCACACAGACAUAUUAAGCAUUCAUGGAUUCCCAAAUGUCAAUUAUCCGAAAGCACUUGGACACGAAGGAGUUGGGGUUGUGGAGAGUGUUGGUGAUCAAGUGACAACCCUAAAAGAGGGAGAUAUGGUAAUCCCAACAUAUAUGGGGGAGUGUCAGACAUGUGAGAAUUGUGUUUCAGGAAAAACCAAUUUAUGUCUGACAUAUCCUGUAAGAUUGACUGGUUUACUACCAGACAACACUUCAAGGAUGUCCAUCCGAGGACAGAGGCUAUACCAUGUUUUAAGUUGUGCCACAUGGUCAGAAUACAUGGUUAGUAAUGUCAAUUACAUUUUAAAAGUUGAUCCAACCAUUGAUCCAGUCCAUGCCAGUUUCAUCUCAUGUGGGUUUUCAACUGGCUUUGGAGCUGCUUGGAAGGAAGCCAAGGUGGAGAGUGGAUCCUCUGUAGCUGUUCUUGGGCUUGGGGCUGUUGGAUUAGGGGCUGUAAGUGGAGCCAAAAGUAUGGGAGCAACUAAGAUAAUUGGUAUUGACAAAAACGAGAAGAAGAGAGAAAAAGGAGAGGCUUUUGGAAUGACCCACUUUAUAAACCCUGGUGAUUCUGCAAAGUCUGUUUCAGAAUUGGUUAAGGAACUAAGUGGUGGAUUGGGUGUGGAUUAUUCCUUUGAGUGCACUGGAAUUGCCCCUCUACUUACUGAAUCAUUGGAAGCCACAAAAGUGGGAACGGGUAAAACAAUAACAAUUGGUUUAGGAAUAGAACAUGUUGUCUCAAUUGGUGUUCUAUCCAUUUUGUUCGGCAGAACUUUGAAAGGUUCUGUUUUUGGGGGCCUAAAACCCAUAUCUGACCUGUCCACAGUAGCUAACAAAUGCCAGAAAAAGGAAUUCCCUUUUCAAGAACUAUUUACUCAUGAGGUCCCUUUGGAAGAUAUUAACCAAGCGUUUGAACUAUUGAAAGAUCCAAACUGUGUAAAAGUUAUCAUCAAGAUUAGACCUUGA